CAAUGGGCGCAUCUCGGGAAAUCAUCAAUCUUCAGGUCGGCCAGGCAGGCAACCAAGUCGGAGAAAACUUUUGGACAAUGAUCCUUGCCGAACAUGGAAUUGACACUUCAGGAGUGUACAGAGGAAAGAAUGACCUGGAGCUCCAACGGGUUGGAACGUACUUUACAGAGGUAGAAUUAUCCGGCCAGUAUCGAUAUGUUCCUCGAUCCAUCCAAGUCGAUCUAGAGGCUGGUGUUUUAGACAGGCUGAGGAGCGGCAAGUUGGGCAAUUUAUUUCGACCCGAUACGUUUGUCUCCGGCGAGCCGGGCGCAGGAAACAACUGGGCUAAAGGAUUCUACACUGAAGGCGCCGAGCUUGUAGACGGGAUUCUAGAGACCAUCAGGAGGCAAUCAGAAGCUUGUGAUGCUCUACAAGGGUUCCAGCUCCUCCACUCAUUGGGAGGAGGAACUGGAUCGGGCCUUGGAUGUUUAUUGCUCUCAAAGUUGCGAGAAGAAUACCCCGAUCGUAUGCUUGCUACCUUUUCUAUCAUGCCUUCGCCUAAAGUUUCGGAAACCGUUGUCGAACCGUAUAAUGCGAUGCUCUCUACACAUCAACUUUUGGACACGACUGACUUGACGAUUUGCAUUGACAAUGAAGCGCUAUACGAUAUAAACCAACGAAUCUUACAUAUCAAGAGCCCAUCGUUUAGCGAUUUGAACCAGGUGAUUUCGAAGGUGAUGUGUGGAGUCAGCACGAGUCUCCGCUUCCCUGGCCAGCUCAAUGGCGACUUGCGGAAACUAGGAAUGAAUCUAGUUCCGUUCCCUCGGCUGCAUUUCCUCAUGCCAAGUUACGCGCCUCUGUUUGAUCCAAAGUCCAGGUCGUUCGAAAGGAUGAGCGUGCCGGAACUGACCACCGCGCUUUUCGAUCGCAGAAAUCUACUAGUGGCCUGCGAUCCACGAUUUGGGCGCUACCUUACAGCAUACACAAUUUUCCGAGGACAGAUCUCCUCACGCGAAGCCGAAGUUGCGGUCCAUGAUCUUCAAAGCAAGAACUCUCAACAGUUCGUCGAAUGGAUUCCCGACAACGUUUCUGUGUCCAUAGUACGGGUCCCUCCCGUGGGUCAGAAACAGGCUGCCACGGGACUUGCAAACUCCACCUCUAUUCAGGAAUUAUUCCAGCGUACUCUGGAUUCGUUUUCUCUGAUGUUCAAGCGUCGCGCCUUUAUGCACUGGUACACUGGCGAAGGGAUGGAUCCAAUGGAGUUCACAGAGGCGGAAAGCAACACGCUAGAUCUCAUAGCGGAAUACCAACAGUAUCAAGAGGCCACGCUGGAAGAUGAAGAGGAGUACCUCGAGGAGGAGGGUGCAGAGUAUGUGGAAGAGGAAUUGGCGAUACAAUAACGCCAAUUGUGUCGUACCAUCUAUCGAGUGCACGUUACUGAUCUACCUUCACGCCUCUUUGUGUAUUGGACAGGUUUUUACUCGGACUGUACUUUUCGUAACUUGACAAUUCCAUGUUAAUUCUUUAGGCAG